UCCCAGCACUUUUCAUCCCUCGAGCUCAAAGUGCUUCACAAAAGAGCAUGCGGCUGUAGGAUUGUCCUGUUUUUCUGAAUCCACAAGAAUGUUUGCAUCAACCUAUGUAUUCAGCCUGAUCCGGAGCAUCUGCAGUGAGUUCCCUGUGGCUUCCAGCUUCUGUGCUGAGAGGAAGCGUUCUCUAGGAAAAGACUACCAUCCUCUUUGCCUGAAGUGUUACCAGUGCAAACGGCAGCUCAGCCCCGGCCAGCAUGCAGAGUAUGACGACAAACCCUACUGCAAUCACUGCUACCUGCAGCACUUUGGACCAAGAGGAACAAGAUGGCCAACGUCUCGGUCAUCUCUUGGGGCAGCUUCCUCUUCCAAAGUUCCAGUGGAAAACCAGAACAGCUCCUAGAUGGCCCUGCUUUAAUAUUCAACACUUGGAAAGUCAUUACUAGACUCUGAUAAAGUAUCAAGAUGGAAUUGUGGUUUUGCCCACAGACUAGGAAAAAUGCAGCUGAAGAAGAAUGCUGCUUCUGAGAAUGACUGCUAAUCCAGAAAAGUCAUAAGAGAACAUGCUUCUAGUCUGAAAUCCCUCCUACUGCAGAUUUAAAUUGUGCUGUGAUAAAUGAGUUUUAAUGAGCUACAGGGAAUGGUAAUAGGAUAGAUUCUUGUUUCUGUGAAGGGAACAUAGCAUCAACAUGAUUUUUAACAACUUAGAAAUUGUGGCUUUACUUAUCUGUUACCUGAAUCGACACUGAAAUCUGUCAAUAACGAUAUCUUUAUCAGUCUAAUGGACCUGCAGGUAGAUACCUUUUCAGCAAUGAUCUAUUGGGGUACGUCUACACUACAGGACAAAGUUGAAUUAAGAUACGCAACUUCAGCUAUGUUAAUUGCGUAGCUGAAGUCUAAGUACCUUAAUUUGGCUUUUGGCGCUGUCUACGGAAGUCGAAGGGAGAACACUCUUCCUUUGACUUCCCUUACUCCUCAUGGAAGCAGGACUACCGGAGCACCCCUCCUAUUUCAAAUGAGCUGUCUUCACUUGACCCACUAAUUCGAACCCUGGAAGAUUGACAGCGGCAGCUUCGAUCUUCCUCUGUAGCGUAGACGUGCCCCUAGGUGUCUUCAAUUGUUCCCUGGUUGGAGAGGUCAGAUGUACAAAUCUCUCCCCCUUAUUUUAUCCAGUGGGGAAAAAAGCUUGGAACCCAUUACUAUCAAUACUUCUGCAGCUUUCUUUGCAGAAUCGGUCUUUGACUGUCAGCUGUUGGGAAUGUCAGCACAUGCCCUGGUUAUUCAAGCUGAGAAAUGACCAUCUCUGUUAUGGUGCAAUUGGUCUCUAUGUUUAUGUGAGGUGGAGUGGUUGGAACAGUAAGCCAGGGAUAGCAUUUCAGUCCUGUGAAGACACAGAUAGACCCCUGAAUUUGCCUAAUCACGGAUGCCUCCAGUAGCCACCUAACUUCCUAUUACAGGUGCGGUCCUGAUUUAGUCCCCUGAACUUUAAACAUAUGUUUUGGCCAUUGAUGUCUGUGGUCAGACUAGACUUCCUGUAAUGGAUCAUUUCUUUGCCUCAUCAAGUAUUGUUCCGAUACACAAAAUUGGAGGCUAUUUUUGAGUUAACAUUGCUAAUUCAUAGAACUGGAGUCUUAUGGGUCUUUAAACCCCCUCAAAUUUCCCCACAUUCUUCCAUUGUACUGAAUGAGCAGACCUGAAGGAAUUUUACAUCAUUCAACACACACCCACACACCUCUCUCAAAAAAAUACCAAUUCAUCUGCAUUUUAUACAAAAGCAGACUAAAAUUAAUUAAUGGAAAGAAACUCUAGCAGAAUGAAACAUGUGAUGUUCUUGUACUGAAAUUCCUUGCUUAUUAAAUCUCUGCUCCUUGUAAAAGAGAUGAUGGAUUUUUAAUGUGUGCUGUGGAUUCCAAUGAGCCAAAGUGAACUUGAAAACUCCUAAUUAUUGUAUUUUUGCCAUAGAUGUCACUAUGACUAAGUGGUAGUAUCAUUUCAAUGUGAAAUAGACUGCUCCAUUUCUGUUUCAAUCGGCAUUCAAAGUUUCCAGAAUUUCUUUCACUAUUAUUGUCUUUAUGAAUCAUUCUCACCCUUUUCAGUCUAAUAAUAUUGUAUGCAACAAAUUCACAUAACUCUUCCCUUUGAAAAUCAUACAAUCCAGCUUGCAAUUGCCUGGGAUCCUUCUUGAACAUAGCUACUGAUACAUGCAACUGAUAAAUAUCAAGAGGAUUAUAUUAACAACAAAUUUGGUGCA